UGUUGCUUAGUAUUGUCGCUUAUGUCAUGUUGGUAAAAUGGUAACCGUAUUUCACAAUUUGAGUAUGAGAACAACUUUCCAUUGACAACCAAGCAAGUGCAACACGUCGGUAAAUCGACAUCGUUAAUAUACGUUCUUCCUCUUUGACUUCAAGCGAAUGCAUGGACAGUAGAUGAGAAACGAUGAAAAAGGCCAAAAAAUCCCUUAGAAAAGCCUUUCAUCAAUCGAGUAGUAACAACAGAGAAGGGAAACAACCAGGCAAUGAUGUCCCAAAAGGUGAUGUUAGGGAAGACAGUGCUGAAAACAAGGCUGAGGCUGAAGAACUGACUGACUUGGACAAGUUGUAUAUUGCCUUGGCUGAAGUUGGUCGUAGAAACCUCUUUGAUCUACUUUGCUACAGUUUCAAUAUUACGAGCUUAGACGACUUACAGAAAUACACUGCAGAAGACAGCACAUCUGCUUACAUCUGUGACGAAAUAAAAUCUUUCCUUGAGGGCAAAGAUUUCAAUUUCAAGGAACUUGUACAGAAAUACAAACGAAGCAAACUUGUGCAGACGUGUGAGAUUAAGCACAUACCAGUAAUCCCAAAGAAAGACCUAGUUGUUACUUGCACAUUGAGGGAGGGUCCAUUUGUGGGACAAGUGUGCGAGGCGCAACUCACUUUGCCGGAUGGGAGGAAGGAAAAAGUUUGUCUUCGUUAUCAAACGGUACAAGAUGAAGACCAAAUGGACUUCUUAAGAGAAGCAGAAAUAGCAUUUCAACUUCGUCAUGAGAAUAUUCUAGCUUACUACGGCGUAGUCAUUGCUAGUUCAUAUUCACCACACCCAGCUUUGGUGGUCGAGUUUGCAGAAUAUGGAAACCUAUCAGAAUCAUGGCCUCAUCAUAACAUUGAACACCUGUGGAGAUAUACCAUCCAGGCAGCAACUGCUUUGGAAUACUUGGAGAAAAGAAAUGUCAUUCACCAAGCUGUUUUUGGUUAUAAUUUCUUGGUUGUAGCUGGUUUUGGGCUGAAGCUUGCAGGCCUGGCGGCUUGUUGGUUUAAAGAAGUAAACCUGAAAAAACAGAUGAACAUUGCAGAUCCUGAAACACUAAACAGUGUAGCUUUCAUGUUCGGGAGGUUAUUCUCUGAGAUAUUCUCCACUUUCUCGCAAAGGUAUAAAGGACACAAAAAACUUGCGGCACUUUCAAAGUGGAGUGACGUAAAGUUUGGUGACCUUUGCCCUUCUCAUUUUUGUGACGUCUUUCAGCGUUGUUUACGAAACAUGCCACCCUCUUUCUCAGAAAUCAGGCAAUCUCUUGUAACACAGGAGCACCCUUUGAAAUUGAAGGUUAUUCGCAAAUUCGAAGGGUCAAAAGAUGGUUUUCUCAGCUGUAAUCCUGGAGAAAUCAUAACUCUGGUUUCCAAGAAACGACACAAGUAUGACGAAACUGCUUGGUUUGGUGUCACACAAAGUGCUCAAAUAGGAUUUUUCUCGCUAGAGUAUGUAGAAGAAGUAAUGAAUGAUAAUGUUGAUGGUUCUGUUAUACCUCCAGAGAUUCAGGCGCGAGGUCCUAGAGCUGAGCUUGCCUUUCAAAAGGCAUUGCGGAAUGGCAGAGUGCAAGUUUUUCGUGGUCGGAUCAUGAUACUUGGCCAGGACCGAGCAGGGAAAACAAGUCUUAAGAAAUCUCUGCUCGGUAUGCCUUUUAAUCCCGAGGAAGAGAGCACUGUUGGAGUCGAAGUUGACCCAUCCAAGUGCGAAGUCGAUGUGGAUCAAGUAACGAAUUGGCAGCGCACAGAGCAUACGAAACUGGGUGUUUCUCAAUUUGUUGAAGACAUAGCAAGGAUAGUUGCUAAAGACCUAAAGGAAACAGAUGAAGAACCAAAGAAGAGAAAUGAUGUCGCUUCGCUUUUGGAGCAGGGAUACAACGAUGAGCUGCAAGCUGACGAUCCAAUGCCGGUAGAUACGACACCCUCGUGUACCUUAAACAAUUCAUCAUCAAAAAGUGAGGAGGAGGAAAGCGUGACGACUGACGACAUCAGUAACAGAGGUGUGCCGGUAGGCAAGCCAGCUGACCUUAAUAUUCAACUAAGCGUCGAUACCAGUUCAGAUUUACAGAAUGAUGUCACGGAACUGGUUGUGCAGUACUUGCAGGCUUUGAGACUAGAAGAUCACGUUAAGACAAAAGAAACCAGUUUCACUUUGUGGGAUUUCGCUGGGCAACAUCUGUACUACGCCUCGCACUCAGUAUUCCUUUCUCCUCGAGCUGUUUAUGCCUUAGUUUACAACCUGACUAAAGAUCUCAAUGCUCCAGCUGAACCUCGAGUCAAACAGGGUAUUCACGAUAUUGUACUGGAGAAACAAAACAGUGAGACAAAUUUGGAGAGUUUGCUGUCGUGGCUGGCUUCUAUUCACAGUAUUCGCCCAGCAGCUGACGAGCCAGGAAAUAACCAGCAAGACAAAAGAUCUUACCUACGCCCUCCAGUGUUCAUCGUGGGUACAAACGCUGACAAACCGUUCGAAGAUGUCAAGAAAAUGGAAAAGUGUAUUCAAAGAAAUAUUUCAGGGAAGGUUUAUGAAAAGCACGUGAUCAGGCCAUUGUUUGCUGUUGAUAACACACGAUCGAUGGGCGAUGAUGGUGUUCAAGCACUGCAGCGAAGGAUCAUGGAGGUUUUCAGACAAGAACCCUACAUGGGUGAGGAGAUUCCAAUUAGGUGGUUCAACUUCGAAAAAAUCAUCGAAGCUUUGGUAGCAAAGGGAACCUAUCACAUGGAUUUUGAUCAGCUUCUCACGGUUACGAAGAAAGUUUGCGAAAUAGAUGAUAAGGAGGAAAUGAUGGCCAUGUUGAAUUUCUAUCAUGACUUGGGAGUGAUCGUGAAGUACGGCCGCACCGUUGUACUGCAGGCACAGUGGCUGAUUGACCUUUUCAAAAGAUUGAUAACUGUGAAGCCUUUUGACGAAAUGGAUCCUCUGUACUCAGAAUGCUGGAAGGAACUUGAAGAAAGCGGUAUACUAAGGAUGACCCUCGUUGAUCACGUUUUCGCUGAUGUAAUACAGAAUGGGCUUUCCAAGGAGGACAUUUUGGAUAUGAUGGAGCUGUAUGGCUUAAUCGCUAAAUUUUCUUUUUUCCCAGUUGUUUCCAAAGAUGAGCAGAAAUACUUUGUACCAGCCCAGUUAAGGUCAUCUCCAGCAGGUCUGUGUGAAAUAAAGACAUCUAGCGAUGAUCCGUGCCCUUUGUAUCUUCAUUUCCUUGAUGGCUUUGUACCUCAUGGGCUAUUCCCUCAGCUUUUGGCGAGGUUCAUCCGCUGGUCCUCAGAGCAUGCACCUUAUCAAGCUCCAAAUUUGUACCACAAUGGUGCGCGACUCUUCAUUGGUAGGAAGAACAUGUACAGUCUCGUUCUUAUCUGCAGAAAACGAUUCAUUAAGAUCGUACUAAAACAAAGGAAUCCUGCUUUGAAUACCCCGUUCGUGACCACUGCUCAAGAGGUUCGCGUGUUCCUUGAAGAUAGUUUGCAAGGGCUGAGCCUAGAGUUGCCGUGGUUACGUAACCUUAGGUGUGAACUGUGUGUUGCAUGUCCCAGUUGCUUAACUCACGGAGAAGAAUGUGCUAAACAUGGAUCAGUCUGCUGUGCUCACGAUGAUUGUCUCCAUCUUCUCCGAGUAAUUCCAGAGGAACAGCUGUUUUGUCCAAAAAGUUUCACCGAUGAAGCUCUUCAAAUUGAUGGACUACACAACUGGUUCCAGGUUGGUAAAACAAAGAAUGAAGAACAGAUGCAGCGGAUAAUGCCCUCUUUGAACUCAGAAGCACUCCAGCGACCCUUCCCUUCCAAAACGGGCACACCUUCAACUGAUGACCUCCUCCUUCUUGCUUUCGAGUUGGGUUCAUCGUGGAAGAUGCUGGGUCGGACGCUCUCUCUUCCUGAAGCAGUGCUGGAGCAAAUUGAGGAAGACAACCCCAAGCUGAAUGAAAAAUGUUGCAGAGUGCUCAUAAAAUGGACUGAGGUGUUUGGCCUUUCAGCUACGUACGAGUCUCUGGCAAAAGCUUUGCAGCACCCUGCAGUGGGUCGAGGUGCGCUUGCUGUCAAAUACUGCGACGUCCCUGGAGAUGUUUACACAGGCACAGAAGCUUCACCCAUCUCGUGCAAAAUCGUAGAUGAUUUGAGGUGGAGUUGCCCAGUUUUUCUGUCUUACCAGUGGGAUUUGCAAGAGACGGUGAAGGGACUAAAGAAUAGAAUUGAGGAGAAUGGGAUUCAGUGUUGGAUGGACAUUGGGCAGAUGGGAGGAGGCGAUGCUUUGUUUGCCAAGAUAGAUGCUGGUAUUCGAGCGUGCAAGGUCUUCGUAUGCUGUGUAACGAAAAGGUAUUGCCAAUCUGACGCCUGUCAAAGGGAGGCUACUCUUGCUUGUAACUUGAAAAAGCCCAUCAUACCUCUGCUGUUCGAGAAUAUGUCCUGGCCGCCUGAGGGUCAACUGGCUUUGAUCUUUACUACGCUUCUUUACAUAAAGAUGAGCGUAGAACAUGGAAAGUUUCCUGAUACGCAGUUUCAGGAGAUGAUGAGAAAAGUGGUAGAGUUCGUUCAAACUUGAAAAAGCUCAUUAUGCCGUCAAGAAGAAUAUUUCAUGAAUUUCGGAAGGAUUAACUUUAUCUAAAGUGUUUUACAUUUGGUAGGUGAUUGGAAGUCCCAACAUCAUUAAUUGUGACCUAUUCUCCUAAUUAACACCACCUGCAAUGAUCCGAAUUUUACAAGCACAAUACUUGCAGAUAUUCUUAAUCGUCCUAAAUUAAGUGGCACCAGUGCUAAGCAGAUUAAUUUUCUUGUUUGUAUCGUUUAUUUACGCGCAGAUUCUAUGGAGAACUGAUGCUGAAUUCUCCUUAUUGCGUUUCGACUAGUCUCACUAUUAUACACACGACAAAGGCAGCGCUUACAGUUCACCACCAAGAGAGUUCUUCUGGCAAAUUGCUCAAGAUUAUAGUGAUUACAAUGAGGAAAUGCCAUAUUUGAAAAUGUGAUUGGAAGGCUUAGUCGCGCCACUAUGAGAUUUGAGAGAAACGAAACGUCAACUUUGAAACUCUUUACGGAGGCCAAAUUACACUAUCAAACCAGUUGAUAAAACGAAAUAAUCCUGUUUCACAGUUUCUUUAGAGACUUACCCCCUUAAUUCUGAAUCGUUUUGAUUCCAAGUUUCACAACUGUAAGUCGAAUAUUCUCCCGGUUUAAGAAACGGUAUUACUUUACUUGGCGAAUUCACGGAUACAUUGUGCAGAAUACAACUAAAAGAUACAGUAAUUGCACUAAACGGGAGUGAUCUUCAAAUUACAAGCAGCAGCAUCCAGCCUCUUAAAUAUAAAGAGGGUUUGGGCAGUCAGAGCGUUAGUAUUCGGAAUGACGAAAUUGAAAGAUUACUAUAUCCUUUACUGUAGCUUUAUUUUUCUUGAAUUUUAUUUUUGUUACUCAUGUUAACUUAAGGUUUUAAUAGUAAUUUUAAUUGUCAUAUACGGGUAUAGAUUGAGAGAUAUAUAUAACUACA